GGAAUUGUACGAAAAGAAAAUGUUAUCCGGAAGAAUUGUUGAUCAAACAAUAGGGCCGAUCCCGCACGACAAUCUGGCACGCACGGACCGCCUGGCGCCUGGUUCUCUCUAUGUAGAAGAGGAACCGAAGAGCACGUUUGUCGAGCCGAUUCUUCGAAAACGCGACACGAGAGUUUUUUUAAGUUCUAGCAACUGAUGAUAAUGUUGGCCGGUGGUUCUCGUAUCGCCUACCACUUGCGAGAGUGCGACCAUUGCUUCUUCGGUUUAGGUUUAGGGUUUUACCGCACCAGAAUCAUUCAGCUCUCCUUUGCCUCGCCUCCAAACCCUUCUUCUUCUACCACCGUUAACCCUGCCACUCAUCACCUCCUGCGUCGAUCGAAAAACACUUCAUCUCCUCCUUGUCAUCGCAUCCAAUCCAAGUCCCCUGGCGAAUUUCCUACACUUUCGAGUUGCUUUAGCCAACAAGAAGAGGAUCAUGAGCUUCCAUCUGAAGGAUUGUCCCCCGUGUCAGGAGGAAUAGUAGCAUUGGGAAAGUUCGAUGCCCUUCACAUUGGCCACCGAGAACUUGCAAUUCAAGCAGCAAAGGUGGGACCUCCAUUUCUUUUGUCAUUCGUUGGAAUGGCUGAAAUACUUGGUUGGGAACUUAGGGCUCCCAUAGUUGCCAAAUGUGACCGGAAGCGGAUCCUUUCCUCUUGGGCCCCUUACUGUCGUAACAUAGCUCCAGCAGAGUUUCAAAUGGAAUUUUCCAGUGUUCGCCAUCUUAAUCCAAGGCAAUUUGUCGAGAAGUUAUCAAAAGAGCUUGGAGUGCGUGGAGUUGUCGUAGGUGAAAAUUACCGAUUUGGAUAUAGAGCUGCUGGUGAUGCAUUAAAACUGGUGAGGCUGUGUGAGGAGUAUGGUAUGGGGGCUUACGUAAUAGAGUCUGUUAUGGACAAGAACCAUUAUGCCAGAAAUAUGAACGCCAGUGAUUCAAAAGAGAGAGGACAAGUAUCAUCUACUCGUGUUCGCCGUGCCCUUGCCGUAGGGGAUAUGAGAUAUGUUUCAGAGCUUUUGGGUCGUAAACAUCGCCUUAUAUUGAUGGCAAAAGACCAGGAAGGAUUGACAUACAACAGAAGUCGGGUGUCAAUUCCAAAGUCAUGCUUGCUAAAUCUAGCUCCAAAGGAGGGUCUAUAUGAGAAGUGUUCUAUUUUUAUAGCUGAAGAGAAGCUGGUACCUUGUAAAGUAGUUAUUGACACAACAAGUAUCCAUGUUGAAAUGGAUGAGGUAGAUUCAUGCAUUAUUGUUGGUAAUCAAGACUUCCAUUUCUUUCGUAUUGAAUUUGGUGAUUGAGAAGCUUGAUUCAGUUUAAUACAUUUUUAUUUUCUCAUCUCA